AAGAGGAAGCUACGGAGGUGGGAGGUGAGAAGGAGGAGGAGAGAUCGGCUCCUCCACGGAGGAGCGCGUGCAGUCGGCUAGCCGAGGCCUAUACUUGUCCGUCGAAGGGAAUUGGUCUUGCAGCGAUUCUUCAAAGUAUCUCUCGAAUAAUUCGCGCGCGAGAAGAUAAGGGCGUCGGAUAGAGGCGCGAUUCGAGACGCAAGAAAUUGAGCGCGUUUGCGCGCCACCCUUCAGAACAGAGAGAGAGAGAGAGAGAGAGAGAGGGAGAGGGAGAGAGAGAGAGAGAAAGGGAGAGAGAGCAAGGUCGCGAGGACGACGAGGUGCGAGAUAGAGAAUAGAGGGUGCCAGGUAGAAUUCUCGCCUCCCCCACCAUCGACUCGAAUCUUCCGAAGCAUCGGCGUGCCGCACGACGACACCCACCCCUCGAAGGAAGGGCCCGGAGGGUGAGUUUCCCUGCCCCGAGCCGACCGAUCCUCGGACCCUUCCGCAGUCGGUCACGCUGGACUCUACCGAGCGCAUUACGAGUCUUGCCUCUCUCUUCUCGACGACGACGACGACGACGACGACGACGACGACCACGACGACAACGACAACGACGACGUCGACAACGACGACGACGACGACGACGACGACGACGACGACGACGACGACGAAGGGCGACGACGACGAGGACGACGACGACGACGACGACGACGAAAAAAGAGAACGAGAGGAAGAAGGAAAGAGAGAGAAUGCGCUCGAGCUGACGAGCGUUCGCUCGUGUGCGCAUUCUUACGAAGGACGGUGUGAUGUUGGACGGACGGUGAACGACGAGUUUGGUGCACGGUGUCCUAUCAAGCUAUUACGGAUAUCUCUAGCACUCUUCGAGCUACUCCAGGAGCCACGAUAGCCGACAUUACGGCAAAUAGAGAUCGUUGGCCCACCAUGAGACUCUGGCUUCUUCUCGGUGUCCUCGGCUUUGCGACCAACGCGGCGCUCGCCGAGAUUACGAGAAACAAGAAUCGCGGAAGGGGUUCUAUGUGGUGGGGAAUCGCGAAAGCAGGAGAGCCGAAUAAUUUCCUACCGUCGCUCCAUAUGGAUCCCACCGUUUAUGCGACCUUGAGGAGAAAGCAGAGACGGCUGGUCAGAGAAAACCCAGGGGUACUUAUGGCGGUGGCGAGAGGUGCCAAUCAGGCGAUCGGCGAAUGUCAACAUCAGUUUCGUAAUCGUCGUUGGAACUGCUCAACCAAGAACUUUCUCAGAGGGAAAAAUCUUUUCGGCAAGAUCGUCGAUCGUGGAUGCCGAGAGACCGCCUUCAUCUACGCCAUCAUGAGCGCAGCUGUGACUCAUAGCAUCGCGAGAGCGUGCAGCGAGGGCAGCAUCCAGUCGUGUUCAUGCGACUAUACCCACCAAUCGCGCGCACCCUCUGCCGUUCGAGACUGGGAAUGGGGUGGGUGUUCGGACAACAUCGGAUACGGCAUCAAGUUUUCCCGCGAGUUCGUCGAUACCGGAGAACGCGGCCGAAAUCUCCGGGAGAAAAUGAACCUCCACAACAACGAGGCCGGUCGAGCGCACGUAUUCUCGGAGAUGCGACAAGAGUGCAAGUGCCACGGCAUGUCCGGUUCCUGCGCGGUAAAGACCUGCUGGAUGAGACUACCCAACUUUCGCGUGGUCGGUGACAAUUUGAAGGAUCGCUUCGACGGAGCAUCCAGAGUGAUGGUUAGCAAUUCGGAUCGAGUACGAGGCAACAGCAACGCCAUUGUGAGCAACUCUGCGAGCAAUUCGGUUCAUGGGCACCGAGACGGUCUUGGACGUCGUCAUCGUUACAAUUUCCAACUUAAACCGUACAAUCCUGAACACAAACCACCGGAGCCCGAGGACCUCGUCUACUUGGAUCCUUCCCCGCCGUUCUGUGAGAAGAAUCCGAAACUCGGAAUUCUUGGUACGCACGGCAGACAAUGCAACGACACGAGCAUCGGUGUCGACGGUUGCGAUCUCAUGUGUUGCGGAAGAGGUUACAAGACUCAGGAAGUGACGGUAAUGGAAAGGUGCGCGUGUAUCUUCCACUGGUGUUGCGAAGUCAAAUGUCAACACUGCUGGAGGAAGAAGACGAUACACACGUGUUUGUAAAGAGAGACAGAGAGAGAGCGAGAGAGAGAGAGAGAGAGAGAGAGAGCGAGAGAGAGAGAGACAGAGAAAGAUAGAUAGAGAGAAAGAGAGAGAGAGAGAGAGAGAGAGAGAGAGAGCUCUUCGUAUUACGAAAUUAUCGCUUUCCGGGCAAACGCCGAGAAAAAAAUACGCGAGAAAGAGAAUAUCUCUCCUAGCUUACUCUCUUUCCCUCUAAAGGACCGAUUCCUUCCUGGCGAAGGACAUUCCGAGUCUCUCGAGAAGCUCGGAUGUCGAGGCUCCUCCUCCUCAAUUCUCCUCCGCUUCCUCCUCAGUAUUACGCGACACGAUCUAAACUCUUAACUAUAUAUUUAUUUGCGAUCUAUUAAAGACUGACUCCAAAUGCCCAGGAUCGUUUUCGAGCGAUCCAUCUUAUCGAAGACAUUAAAUGUCGACGAUCACGGUUGCGUUUCGUUUGUAAAUACAGGAUUAGAGAUUAGACGAUAAGGACGACGAAGUUAUUCCGAAUGCCUGCGCGAGCUUUUACGAGAAAAACAAUAACAAUCCGUUUAUUUAUUUUCAACGAAAUCUCUUUAUUGCUCUUCUUUUCUUAUUUUUUAUUGACGCGCGCGCUAAAGCCGAACGCGUCUAUCUGUACGUCUACGCUGCGUGUAUGUAUGUAUGUAUGUAUGUAUGUGUGCGUGCGUGGGUGUCUGUACAUAGACGGAGUACGAUCCUAAAGAUUUUUAAAAAAGUAUUAUAAAAUAUGCGUGAAGCUACCAUUGUAAAUAAUCCUUAGGCUCGUAAUCCAAACCGGUCGAUAAGUUAUUUCUUGCGGAUCCUCUCCUCUUGAUCUUAAAUUUAAGAAAAUCAUUACCAGUGUCGAAUACUUUGGCCUAUAUUUUUUUUCCUUCUUCUUUUCUUCUUCUUACCUUUCAAUCGAGAAAAUGGUGAUUUCAAUAAUGUGCAUAAUAGAUGUAUUAAUUAUUAUUAUUAUUAAUUCUAAUUUAUACGAAUAAAGAUAUCGACGAAUAAACGAUGUAAAUGAAACGUA